GAGACAACGUGGUCAGCCUCAACCAGUUUUAGUGGCUCCGCGAAUUUCACACUCAGUACACGUUCGUGAAGAGUCUGAUGGCUCGCGUUGUGCUUGAUAAACAAUAACAGAGAUGGGUUUUAUCACGGAACUGUGAUUUGGAAUCGUUAUUAAGAUCAACAAUAAAAAAACAGCAGAGCGAAACGGUGAAUUAAGUAUAUAAAAAAACAUGCAAAUUACGGUGAAUUUGGUGUUAGUGCUCAUAGCGAGAACAAUAGCAAGUGAUUUCAAAGUUUGUGAUGAAAACAGUUCAACAGACAUCAGUGAAGGGAUAAAAAAUAACGAUGACUCCAUAUCUUACAACGGCAUAACUUAUUUAAAAAGCGAAUAUUACUUCGAUGAAUAUGCAAAGAUUGAAAGAGGAUGUAUUUGUAAGAAAGAGACGUGUAUACAAAAAUGUUGUCCCAUCGGAGAAUCAAUUUAUAAAAAGAAGGGGUCAAAGAGGACUUGUGUAAUUGAUAGAAGUGCAUUUGACCCCCCUGUUUGGGAUCAGUACCACGAAAUCAAAGACUUCCAUGUGAUAGACUUGUUUCACAUUGUUUCGAGAAUACCAAUCUGCACUGAUGUGGACGAGUACAGAGUGCAAGUUUCGCAGUUUACAAACAACACACACAUGACUACAGACGGUCAGCUAUGGGUGGACAUGCCCCACCAAAACCCGCCAUGGCAGUUACUGCGGCCGGAGAAAUACUGUAUCGACACCUUCAUCACGGAAGAUGAAGACGGAAUGAAGACGUCUAAAUUAGACGCCUUAGUCUGCUUCCAGGAGGACCAAGGCGAACACCAUUUUGUCCAAAAUAUCACUUGCAUGCUGAUCUCCUCCGUGUUCAUCCUAGCCACGUGCGCAGUGUACGCAUGGCUGCCCGAGCUACGCAACCUGCACGGCAGGGUCCUCAUGGCGUACCUGAUCUGUCUGUUCGUGGCCUUCGCAUUCAUGGCUACCAUGCAGAUCCUCAUUGCUCUGGACAACACUGAUACCUCCUUGUGCGUUGUCCUGUCUAUCAUAAUUUACUUCCCGUUCGAGGCUGCGUUCUUCUGGCUCAACGUGAUGUGCUUCGAUAUAUGGUGGACUUUUAGUGGCAAACGAGGUCUAUCCCUGGAGCGGUUGUCAUCGCGCGCCAGAUUCAACGCGUACGCAGCAUAUGCCUUCGGCUUCGCCACAGCAUUGACCAUCCUCGUCACCGGGUUGGAGUUCUCCGGGAUGCCCCCGAGCCCCUGGACGCCGAAUUUGAGACGACAGGGCUGCUUCUUUUACGGGCGCGCUCGCAUGAUCUACUUGUACGGGCCGGUGGUGAUCCUGUGCUUCAUAAACCUGAUAUUCUUCAUCCUGACCGCGGUGAAAAUAGUGCAGAUCAAGAAACAGACGGCAGUGCUCAAAUCAAAGGAGAGCUCCACUCACGACAGUCAACGCAAUGAUAAACAGAGGCUCCUCCUGUACGUCAAACUAUAUAUGGUGAUGGGCGUCAACUGGAUCCUGGAGGUGAUCAGCGUGCUGUAUCCUGAGCUGGAGAACUUCUGGAAAAUCACAGAUGCCUACAACGUCCUCGUGGGGGUCACCAUCUUCAUUAUCUUCGUCUGUAAAAGGAAAAUCUUCAGAUUGAUCAAAAAGAGAUACAAACAGGUGAAAGGCGACCCCAUGUCAAGAACACAGACCACCAUUUCAUCACGCACCCCUUCUACCAAAGAAGAUAUCCAGAUGGGUUCAGUAAAGGUUCACUGCAAAUAAAUCGAAGAAAAUCGUUUUGAAGAGAUAAUAUGAUGGAUAAAUGAAUUUAUAACAGGAAUUCUUUAAAAUUCGAAAAUCAAAUUGUAUAGUCCAAAUUAACCAUUUUGAUAUCGCAUAUCUCAUGAAAAAUGUGACAGAAAUUCUUUUUUAAAUUCUAAAUUCAAAUUGUAUUUCGUCGUCGUCGUUGCUUAAUUGCAAUGUAUGUGGCCAGAACUUCCUACUAACUGUAAGGAAAUUUUGCUAUCUCUUUCUUAGUUUGUUUCGUUUUGAAUUAAAAAGCAUUGCUAGGAUUGCUUGUAGUGCACAAUCUGACUGCGUUUUCUGAUUGCCUCUUUAAUGUGAUUAAUGUAUGAAUGGUAUGUGUAAAAUAGCUGUUUUGCUAUAAGCAUGUAAGUAGUCUUAACAGAUCGGUGUUAAAAUCAAAAUCUUCAUUAUUUAAGUGUGUCUUUCAAGUAUUGGUUUUAUUUUUAUACUACUUAUUCAUAUAAAUAUAAGUCAGAAAAUUCUAUUUGUAAAUAGUAAAAUACUCGAAAUAAGUACAAAAAUUGGUUACAACUUAAAAAUCAGAAGGUAGAGUGAGUAUGCCAUACAAAUUUAAAAAAAUGAUAUGUGUAAAGUUGAUUUCUUUACUACAUGCUUAAUUUUAUUUAUCGAAUUCUUACCUCAUUAAUAUUAAUUUGUAAUCAUAGGAUACCUAAGUACCUAGUAAUAAAAAAAAUCAUGUUUUCAAUGUAUCCAUGGAUGUUAUGUGUCAAUGCAGUGUCACAACUCUGGCAUAGAAAAGUCUUCAAAAAAUGUUGGCGAUUUUUAAACAACAAUUAUUUUUUAUUGCUUUUGUUUUUAUUCUAUUGUAGGUAGAAUUAGAAAUGGAAGUCUAACACAUGCUACAUUAUAAGUAAGUGAAUGUUGAUAAUGGAAGCACAUGUCACGAAUUUUGUAUCUUGCAAUUCAAUAUGUACGAUGAAAAUAUUAUAAUCCUCUCAGAUGGCAUAGAUAGUGACAUUCACGUCUAUUGUAUAUUGAAAAAUAUGAAGCACUUAAGUAACCGGGACCAUUUAUUAAAGUUCUAGUCGUUUAGGUUAAGAAUAUGUGUAUGCAUUUGACUUAUACCUAGGUAAGUAGCAAUUAAAAGUAUUUACUAAAUUAAAA